AUGGCUCUGGGCAGACGCCUCUCCCUGCGGGGACUGUGUGUCCUCCUCCUCCGCACUGUGGUGGGUGGUCAAGUACUGGAGCUGAGACUGAAGGAUGGAGCCCACCGCUGUGAGGGGAGAGUGGAAGUGAAGCACCAAGGAGAAUGGGGCACAGUGGUUGAUGGCAGCUGGAGUUUGAAGGAUGCAUCGGUAGUGUGCAGACAGCUGGAGUGUGGAACUGCCGUUGGUAUUCCUAAACAGGCUUAUUUUGGACCAGGAGUUGGCCCCAUUUGGCUUUCGUAUACUUCAUGUGAAGGGGUGGAGUCAACUGUCAGUGACUGUAGGCAUUCUAAUAUUAAAGACUAUCGUAAUGAUAGGUAUAUCCACGACUGGGAUGCUGGAGUAGUCUGCUCAGGAUUUGUGCAUCUGGCUGGAGGGGACGGACCCUGCUCAGGGCGAGUAGAAGUGUAUUCUGGAGAAGACUGGAUCCCAGUGUCUGAUGGGAACUUCACACUCCCCACUGCCCAGGUCAUCUGUGCAGAGCUGGGGUGUGGCAAGGCUGUGUCUGUCCAGGGACAUGAGCUCUUCAGCACGUCCAGUGCCUGGGUCUGGGCUGAAGAGUUCAGGUGUGAGGGGGAGGAGCCUGAGCUCUGGGUCUGCCCCAGAGUGUCCUGUCCAGGGGGCAAUUGUCACCACAGUGGAGCUGCUGAGGUUGUCUGUUCAGCAUACUCAGAAGUCCGGCUCAUGACAAACGGCUCCUCUCAGUGUGAGGGGCAGGUGGAGAUGAACAUUUCUGGACGAUGGAGAGCACUCUGUGCCUCCCACUGGAGUCUGGCCAAUGCCAAUGUUGUCUGUCGUCAGCUCGGCUGUGGAGUCACCAUCUCCAUCCCCGGAGGACCACACUCGGUGGAAGGAGGUGGUCAGAUUUUAACUGCCCGAUUUCACUGCUCUGGGGCAGAGUCCUUCCUGUGGAGUUGUCCUGUGACUGCCCUGGGUGGGCCUGACUGUUCCCAUGGCAACACAGCCUCUGUGAUCUGCUCAGGAAACCAGACCCAGGUGCUGCCCCAGUGCAACGACUCUAUGGCAGAACCAGCAGGCUCUGCGGCCUCAGUGGAGAGCACCCCUUACUGUUCAGACAGCAGACAGCUCCGCCUGGUGGACGGGGGCGGUCCCUGCGCCGGGAGAGUGGAGAUCCUUGACCAGGGCUCCUGGGGCACCAUCUGUGAUGACGGCUGGGACCUGGAAGAUGCCCGCGUGGUGUGCAGGCAGCUGGGCUGUGGAGAAGCCCUCAAUGCCACGGGGUCUGCUCACUUCGGGACAGGAUCAGGGCCCAUCUGGCUGGACUACCUGAACUGCACUGGAAACGAGUCCCACGUGUGGAGGUGCCCUUCCCGGGGCUGGGGGCGGCACGACUGCAGACACAAGCAGGACGCGGGGGUCAUCUGCUCAGAGUUCCUGGCCCUCAGGAUGGUGAGCGAGGACCAGCAGUGUGCUGGGUGGCUGGAAGUUUUCUACAAUGGGACCUGGGGCAGUGUCUGCCGCAGCCCCAUGGAAGACAUCACUGUGUCCGUGAUCUGCAGACAGCUUGGCUGUGGGGACAGUGGAACCCUCAGCUCCUCUGUUGGUCUCAGGGAAGGUUCUAGACCCCGGUGGGUGGAUGGAAUCCGCUGUCGGAAAACAGACACCUCUCUCUGGCAGUGUCCUUCUGACCCUUGGAAUUACACUUCAUGCUCUCCCAAGGAGGAAGUCUAUAUCUCGUGUGAAGGUAGCAGACAACUCCGCCUGGUGGACGGAGGUGAUCCCUGCGCCGGCAGAGUGGAGAUCCUUGACCAGGGCUCCUGGGGCACCAUCUGUGAUGACCGCUGGGACCUGGAUGAUGCCCACGUGGUGUGCAGACAACUGGGCUGUGGAAAAGCCCUCCAAGCCACUGUCUCUUCUUCCUUUGGGGCGGGAUCAGGGCCCAUUUGGCUGGGCAACGUGAAGUGCACAGGAAAGGAGUCCUACGUGUGGAGGUGCCCUUCCUGGGGCUGGGGGAAGCACUACUGUGAUCACAGCGAGGAUGCAGGAGUCAUCUGCUCAGGAUUUGUGCAUCUGGCUGGAGGGGCUGGACCCUGCUCAGGGCGAGUAGAAGUGCAUUCUGGAGAAGCCUGGACCCCAGUGUCUGAUGGAAACUUCACACUCCCCACUGCCCAAGUCAUCUGUGCAGAGCUGGGGUGUGGCAAGGCUGUGUCUGUCCUGGGACAAGUAUCCUUCAGCGAGUCCGAUGGCCAGGUCUGGGCUGAAGAGUUCAGGUGUGAGGGGGAGGAGCCUGAGCUGCGGGUCUGCCCCAGAGUGCCCUGUCCAGGGGGCACUUGUCACCACAGUCAGGCUGUUCAGGUUGUCUGUUCAGUGUACACAGAUGUCCGGCUCGUGACAAACGGCUCCUCUCAGUGUGAGGGGCAGGUGGAGAUCAACAUUUCUGGACGAUGGAGAGCGCUCUGUGCCUCCCACUGGAGUCUGGCCAAUGCCAAUGUUGUCUGUCGUCAGCUUGGCUGUGGAGUCGCCAUCUCUACCCCAAACGGAGCAGAAGGAAGUGAUCAACUCUGGAAAGCCCGAUUUCACUGCUCAGGGACUGAGUCCUUCCUGUGGAAAUGCCCUGUGACUGCUCUGGGUGUUCCUGACUGUUCCCAUGGCAACAUGGCAUCUGUGAUCUGCUCAGGAAACCAGACCCAGGUACUGCCCCAGUGCGACCACUUUGUGUCUGAACGAGCAGGAUCUGCGGCCUCAGAGGAGAGCGCCCCCUACUGCUCAGACAGCAGGCAGCUCCGCCUGGUGGACGGGGGCGGUCCCUGCGCCGGGAGAGUGGAGAUCCUUGACCAGGGCUCCUGGGGCACCAUCUGUGAUGACGGCUGGGACCUGGACGAUGCCCGCGUGGUGUGCAGGCAGCUGGGCUGUGGAGAAGCCCUCAAUGCCACGGGGUCUGCUCACUUCGGGACAGGAUCAGGGCCCAUCUGGCUGGACGACCUGAACUGCACUGGAAACGAGUCCCAUGUGUGGAGAUGCCCUUCCCUGGGCUGGGGGCGGCACGACUGCAGACACAAGGAGGAUGCUGGGGUCAUCUGCUCAGAGUUCCUGGCCCUCAGGAUGGUGAGCGAGGACCAGCAGUGUGCUGGGUGGCUGGAAGUUUUCUACAACGGGACCUGGGGGAGUGUCUGCCACAGCCCCAUGGAUGAUGUCACCGUGUCCAUCAUCUGCAGUCAGCUUGGCUGUGGGGACAGUGGAAGUGUCAACACCUCUGUUGGUCUCAGGGAAGGUUCUAGACCCCGGUGGGUAGAUUUAAUUCAGUGUCGGAAAACUGAUACCUCUCUCUGGCAGUGUCCUUCUGGCCCGUGGAAAUUCAGUUCAUGCUCUCCAAAGGAGGAAGCCUACAUCUCCUGUGCAGGAAAACCCAAGAGCUGUCCAACUGCUGCCCCCUGCACAGACAGAGAGAAGCUCCGGCUCAGGGGAGGAGACAGCGAGUGCUCAGGGCGGGUGGAGGUCUGGCACAGCGGCUCCUGGGGCACCGUGUGCGAUGACUCCUGGAGCCUGGCAGAGGCCGAGGUGGUGUGUCAGCAGCUGGGCUGUGGCCAGGCCCUGGAAGCUGUGCGGGCCGCGACAUUCGGCCCUGGAAAUGGGAGCAUCUGGCUGGACGAGGUGCGGUGCAGGGGCCGGGAGUCCUCCCUGUGGGACUGUGCUGCGGAGCCCUGGGGGCAGAGCGACUGCAAGCACGAGGAGGACGCUGGUGUGAGGUGCUCUGGUGUAAGGACAACAUUGCCCACGACUACAGCAGGGACCAGAACAACCUCAAAUUCUCUCCCUGGUAUCUUCUCCCUGCCUGGGGUCCUCUGCCUUAUCCUGGGGUCCCUUCUCUUCCUAGUCCUCAUCAUCCUGGUGACUCAGCUGCUCAGAUGGAGAGCAGAGCGCAGAGCCUUAUCUAGCUAUGAAGAUGCUCUUGCUGAAGCUGUGUAUGAGGAGCUCGAUUACCUUCUGACACAGAAGGAAGGUCUAGGCAGCCCAGAUCAGAGGACUGAUGUCCCUGCUGAAAAUUAUGAUGAUGCUGAAGAAGUAUCAGUGCCAGGAACUCCCCCUGCCUCUCAGGGGAGCGAGGAAGAAGUGCCCCCCGAGAAGGACAAUGGGGUGAGGUCCUCUCAGACAGGCUCUUGUCUGAACUUCUCCAGAGAGGCUGCUGAUCCUGGGGAAGGAGAAGAGAGCCUCUGGCUGCUCCAGGGGAAGAAAGGGGACACUGGGUACGAUGAUGUUGAACUCAGUGCCCUGGGAACACCCCCAGUGACUUUCUCGUGAUGCUGUAUCAAAUAUGAGAUAAAGCCUCAGAUAUUCUAAUUGCCUGUAUUUCAAUAGAGUAGUGCUGACCUGUAAUUGUGUCAUAUGAAAAUUGCUCAAAAUGAAAUAUUCUGAAUAAAUUAACUUUUUGCUGUGUUGUUAAUUUAGCAAGUUCCAUGUCAAAUGCUUUUAGAGGAUUGGCCCUCAAAUGCCAUCUUC